UGCGGCGGUGGCUGGCAGGGCGAGGUCCGUGCGGCUCCGCGCUCCGCGGCUGCACCGCUCCGAGCGCCUGGCGCGCCCCGCGCCCUCCCUCCCGGGGCCUCUGGGCCGGGGAUGCGUGCGGCGCCCGGGGGCCAUGGUCCGCUUCGGGGACGAGCUAGGCGGCCGCUAUGGGGGCGCCGGCGGCGGGGACCGGGCCCGGGGCGGCGGGGCCGGCGGGGCAGGCGGCCCGGGCCCCGGGGGGCUGCAGCCGGGCCAGCGGGUCCUCUACAAGCAGUCGAUCGCGCAGCGCGCGCGGACCAUGGCGCUGUACAACCCCAUCCCGGUCAAGCAGAACUGCUUCACCGUCAACCGCUCGCUCUUCGUCUUCAGCGAGGACAACGUCGUCCGCAAAUACGCCAAGCGCAUCACCGAGUGGCCUCCGUUUGAGUACAUGAUCCUGGCCACCAUCAUCGCCAACUGUAUCGUGCUGGCGCUGGAGCAGCACCUCCCAGACGGAGACAAGACGCCCAUGUCCGAGCGGCUGGAUGACACGGAGCCCUACUUCAUCGGCAUCUUCUGCUUCGAAGCGGGAAUGAAGAUUAUUGCUCUGGGCUUUGUCCUCCACAAGGGCUCCUACCUGCGCAACGGCUGGAAUGUCAUGGACUUCGUGGUGGUCCUCACGGGGAUCCUCGCCACUGCGGGCACCGACUUCGACCUGCGGACGCUGCGGGCUGUGCGCGUGCUGAGGCCCCUGAAGCUGGUGUCCGGGAUUCCGAGCCUGCAGGUGGUGCUCAAGUCCAUCAUGAAGGCCAUGGCCCCGCUCCUGCAGAUCGGGCUGCUGCUCUUCUUUGCCAUCCUCAUGUUUGCCAUCAUCGGCCUGGAGUUCUACAUGGGCAAAUUCCACAAGGCCUGUUUCCCCAACAGCACAGAUGCAGAGCCAGUGGGUGACUUCCCCUGUGGCAAGGAGGCCCCAGCCCGGCUGUGCGAGGAUGGCACCGAGUGCCGGGAGUACUGGCCGGGACCCAACUUUGGCAUCACCAACUUUGACAACAUCCUGUUUGCCAUCCUGACUGUGUUCCAGUGCAUCACCAUGGAGGGCUGGGCCGACAUUCUCUACAGUACAAACGAUGCAGCCGGUAAUACCUGGAAUUGGCUCUACUUCAUUCCUCUCAUCAUCAUCGGCUCCUUUUUCAUGCUCAACCUGGUGCUGGGCGUGCUCUCGGGAGAGUUCGCCAAGGAGCGCGAGCGGGUGGAGAACCGCCGGGCCUUCCUGAAGCUCCGUCGGCAGCAGCAGAUCGAGCGGGAGCUCAACGGCUACCUGGAGUGGAUCUUCAAGGCGGAGGAAGUCAUGCUGGCCGAGGAGGACAAGAAUGCUGAGGAGAAGUCCCCUCUGGAUGCAGUGUUGAAGCGGGCAGCCACCAAGAAGAGCCGCAGUGACCUGAUCCACGCGGAGGAGGGAGAGGACCGGUUUGCAGAGCUCAGUGCUGUCGGGUCCCCCUUCGCCCGUGCCAGCCUCAAGAGCGGGAAGACGGAGAGCUCAUCCUACUUCCGCAGGAAGGAGAAGAUGCUCCGGUUCUUCAUCCGGCGGGUGGUGAAGGCACAGAGCUUCUACUGGGCAGUGCUGUGUGUGGUGGCCCUGAACACGCUGUGUGUGGCCGUGGUGCACCACAACCAGCCGCGGCGGCUCACCACUGCGCUGUACUUUGCGGAGUUUGUUUUCCUGGGUCUCUUCCUCACAGAGAUGUCCCUGAAGAUGUAUGGCCUGGGGCCCAGAAGCUACUUCCGGUCCUCCUUCAACUGCUUUGACUUCGGGGUCAUCGUGGGGAGCAUCUUUGAAGUGGUCUGGGCUGCCAUCAAGCCGGGAACAUCCUUCGGAAUCAGCGUGCUGCGGGCACUCCGGUUGCUGAGGAUCUUCAAGGUCACAAAGUACUGGAGCUCUUUGCGGAACCUGGUGGUGUCCCUGCUCAACUCCAUGAAGUCCAUCGUCAGCCUGCUCUUCCUGCUCUUCCUGUUCAUCGUGGUCUUCGCCCUGCUGGGCAUGCAGCUGUUCGGGGGGCAGUUCAACUUUCAAGAUGAGACCCCGACAACCAACUUCGACACUUUCCCCGCUGCCAUCCUCACUGUCUUCCAGAUCCUGACCGGAGAGGACUGGAACGCGGUGAUGUAUCACGGGAUCGAGUCACAGGGCGGAGUCAGCAAAGGCAUGUUCUCAUCCUUUUACUUCAUCGUCCUCACGCUGUUCGGGAAUUACACCCUGCUGAACGUCUUCCUGGCCAUCGCCGUGGACAACCUGGCCAACGCUCAGGAGCUGACCAAGGAUGAGGAGGAGAUGGAAGAAGCAGCCAAUCAGAAGCUUGCUCUGCAAAAGGCCAAAGAAGUAGCUGAAGUCAGCCCCAUGUCUGCUGCAAACAUCUCCAUCGCGGCUUUUGUAAAGCACACUCGAGGUGCUGUGUCUCGCGGCUCAUCUGUCUCCAGCGUAAACUCACCCAGGCAGCAGAACUCGGCCAAGGCGCGCUCGGUGUGGGAGCAGAGGGCCAGCCAGCUGCGGCUGCAGAACCUGCGGGCCAGCUGCGAGGCGCUGUACAGCGAGAUGGACCCUGAGGAGCGGCUGCGCUACGCCACCACGCGCCACCUGCGGCCCGACAUGAAGACGCACUUGGACCGGCCGCUCGUUGUGGAGCCGGGCCGGGAAGGUCCGCAGGGGCCCGCGGGGGCCAAGGCGCGGCCCGAGGGCACGGAGGCUGCCGAAGCUGCGGACCAGCCGCGCAGGCACCACCGGCACCGCGACAAGGACAAGGCCGCGGCCACGGCGGCCCAGCAGGACCCAGCGGACGCCCCUAAGGAGGAGGGUGGGGAGUCAGGUGCGCGGGAGGAGCGGGUGCGGACGCGCCGCAGCUGCAGCAAGGAGGCCCGGAGUGAGCGUGGCCACGGCGCGGGGCCCAACGGCGGCCGGCGGCACCACCGGCGCGGCUCCCCGGAGGAGGUGGCCGAGCGCGAGCCCCGGCGCCACCGCGCACACCGGCACGCGCCCGACCCCGGCAAGGAGGCUGCCGCGCCCGGGGCCAAGAGUGAACGGCGCACCCGGCACCGCGGAGGCCCCCGGACGACGGAGAGCGCGGAGGAGCCUGCGCGGCGGCACCGGGCGCGCCACAAGACGCUGCCCGCCCUCGAGGAUGCAGAGAAGGAAGGUGACACGGAGGACAGGGACAAGGAGCUGCGGAACCACCAGCCCAAGGAGCCGCACUGUGGCCUGGAGGCCAGUGGGAUGAUGGGUGUGGGCCCUGUGCACACCCUGCCCAGCACCUGUCUGCAGAAGGUGGAAGAACAGCCGGAGGAUGCAGAUAAUCAGCGGAAUGUCACUCGGAUGGGCAGCCAGCCCUCAGAGCUGAGCACCACUGUGCACAUCCCAGUGACGCUGACCGGCCCUCCUGAGGAGACCACGGUUGUUCCCAGUGGUCAUGUGGACCUGGAAAGCCAAGCAGACGGGAAGAAGGAGGCAGAAGCUGAUGAUGGGAUGAGAAGCGGACCCCGACCCAUUGUCCCAUAUAGCUCCAUGUUCUGUUUGAGCCCCACCAACCUGCUCCGUCGCCUCUGCCACUCCAUCGUGACCAUGCGGUACUUUGAGAUGGUCAUCCUUGUGGUCAUUGCGUUGAGCAGCAUCGCCCUGGCUGCCGAGGAUCCUGUGCGGACAGACUCGCCCAGGAACAACGCUCUGAAAUACAUGGACUACAUUUUCACAGGCGUCUUUACGUUUGAAAUGGUGAUAAAGAUGAUCGAUCUGGGAUUGCUGCUGCACCCUGGGGCCUACUUCCGUGACCUGUGGAACAUUCUGGACUUCAUUGUGGUCAGUGGAGCCCUGGUGGCAUUUGCCUUCUCGAGCUUCAUGGGAGGGUCCAAAGGAAAGGAUAUCAACACCAUCAAGUCCCUGCGCGUCCUACGAGUCCUGCGGCCCCUGAAGACCAUCAAGCGACUGCCCAAGCUCAAGGCCGUGUUUGAUUGUGUGGUGAACUCCCUGAGGAACGUCCUCAACAUCCUGAUAGUCUACGUGCUCUUCAUGUUCAUAUUCGCCGUCAUUGCGGUGCAGCUCUUCAAAGGGAAGUUCUUCUACUGCACUGACGAGUCCAAGGAGCUGGAGAGGGACUGCAGGGGCCAGUACUUGGAUUAUGAGAAGGAGGACGUGGAAGCUCAGCCACGACAGUGGAAGAAGUACGACUUUCACUAUGACAACGUGCUCUGGGCUCUGCUGACACUGUUCACGGUGUCCACAGGAGAAGGGUGGCCCAUGGUGCUGAAACACUCCGUGGACGCCACGCAUGAGGAGCAGGGCCCGAGCCCUGGGUACCGCAUGGAGCUGUCCAUUUUCUAUGUGGUCUACUUCGUGGUCUUCCCCUUCUUCUUCGUCAACAUCUUCGUGGCCCUGAUCAUCAUCACCUUCCAGGAGCAGGGGGACAAGGCGAUGUCCGAAUGCAGCCUGGAGAAGAACGAGAGGGCCUGCAUUGACUUCGCCAUCAGUGCCAAGCCCCUGACGCGGUACAUGCCCCAGAACAAGCAGUCAUUCCAGUACAGGACAUGGACAUUCGUGGUCUCGCCGCCCUUUGAGUACUCCAUCAUGGCCAUGAUAGCCCUCAACACGGUGGUGCUUAUGAUGAAGUUCUAUGAUGCGCCGUAUGAGUACGAGCUGAUGCUGAAGUGCCUGAACAUCGUGUUCACAUCCGUGUUCUCCAUGGAGUGCGUGCUGAAGAUCAUCGCCUUUGGGGUGCUGAACUAUUUCAGAGAUGCCUGGAAUGUCUUCGACUUUGUCACUGUGUUGGGAAGUAUUACUGAUAUUUUAGUAACAGAGAUUGCGGAAACGAACAACUUCAUCAACCUCAGCUUUCUCCGCCUGUUCCGUGCCGCUCGGCUCAUCAAGCUGCUUCGUCAGGGCUAUACCAUCCGCAUCCUGCUGUGGACCUUCGUCCAGUCCUUCAAGGCCCUGCCCUACGUGUGCUUGCUCAUUGCCAUGCUGUUCUUCAUCUAUGCCAUCAUCGGCAUGCAGGUUUUUGGGAACAUUGCUUUGGACGAUGAUACCAGCAUCAACCGGCACAACAACUUCCGGACAUUUCUACAAGCCUUGAUGCUGCUGUUCAGGAGUGCCACGGGGGAGGCCUGGCAUGAGAUCAUGCUGUCUUGUCUCGGUCACCGGGCCUGCGACGAGCCUGCCGGUGCCAGCGAGUGUGGGAGCGACUUCGCCUACUUCUACUUCGUCUCCUUCAUCUUCCUGUGCUCCUUCCUGAUGUUGAACCUCUUUGUGGCUGUGAUCAUGGACAAUUUUGAGUACCUUACACGGGACUCUUCCAUCUUAGGGCCUCACCACCUCGACGAGUUCAUCCGGGUCUGGGCCGAGUACGACCCGGCUGCGUGUGGGCGCAUCGGUUACAGUGACAUGUUUGAGAUGCUGAAGCACAUGUCCCCACCCUUGGGGCUGGGGAAGAAAUGCCCUGCUCGUGUCGCCUACAAGCGCCUGGUUCGAAUGAACAUGCCCAUCUCCAAUGAAGACAUGACUGUCCACUUCACGUCCACGCUGAUGGCCCUCAUCCGGACUGCACUGGAGAUCAAAUUGGCUCCAGGUGAGCAGGCAGUCUCAAGGGAGGGCACCAGGCCAGGGCCGUCAGACCAUCCUCGAGGGACACCCGCAGGCAGGUGUUCAGGGAGCGGGUGAGGGGGCCGGUCUGGAGGGGACUGAGGAUGGCUGCCCGGGGCACCUCUGUUGGGCGCUGAACUUGUCCUCUGAUAACCAUCGUUCAUGUUAGCACUAUGAUGAUCUCGUUUUUAUGGAAGGAAAUUGAGGU